AAGAAGUGUCAAACGUUCUGUCAGUAGUUAGUGGUUAUGUUUUUAUUUUAUUUGGGGUUUGGAGAUUAUGUGAUAUUGAUCGUAAAUACGAAUAUAUCUGUCUCAAUAUGGUGAUAUUUCUGGGAAACUAGUAGCAGAUUUGGGAAGUGGAUGUGGAGCAUUGACAAUUGGUGCUGCUGUACUGAACGCCUCUCUUGUCAUUGGUUUUGAAAUAGAUGAGGAUGCUAUUGACAUAUCUCGGGAAAACAUUGGAGAACAUGAAGUAACAAAUGUUGAUAUUAUUCAGUGCGAUAUACUCAACAUUUCACCAAGGUCAUAUAAAGGAUUUGAUACCGUUUUGAUGAACCCACCAUUUGGCACCAAGCAAAAUGCAGGAAUUGAUAUGAAAUUUUUAGAAACUGCUCUGAGAAUUUCCAAUAAUACAGUAUAUUCAUUGCAUAAAACAUCUACAAGGCAACACGUAAUAAAAGUUGCCAAAUCCUUGGGUGCAAAAGCUGAAGUUUUGGCUGAACUAAAAUACGAUUUACCCUCUUCGUACAAAUUCCACAAGAAGAAAUCUGUUGACAUUGAAGUUGAUUUUUUUAGAUUUAUUGUAUAGAAGUUUCAACAUUUAUAAAAAUGGCUGCACAAUACAGCCGUGAUCACUGUAAAAUAGCAGUGGGAAAAAUUCUCCAAACUAUAGGAUGGCAUUCCAUCAACUCUACGCCUCUUGAGGUUUUAACAGACAUUUUCACAUCAUAUAUUCAACAAAUCACCAAGACAACAAAUGAUUAUGCUAAUGAAUUCGGUCAGACAGAAGCUAAUCUAGAUCAUCUGGGUUUGGCUCUUCAAGAAAUGGGGGUAAAUUUGUCUGAAUUAGAGGAGUAUGUUACCUAUGUUAAUUUUGCCCCGGCAGCACAUCCUGCUCCCAAGUUUCCUGUGUCCAAAGAAGAUAACCUCAAUUUUUUGAAACCUGGCAGCAAAGAAGUGGUCACCAGGCCUGUCCAUAUUCAUGAGCACAUGCCACCGAUGUAUCCUCUUCUGGAAGGACCAGAUUCAAAAGAAGAGGAAAUCAGACCUGUUAAAGAAGAGUGUCCAGACGAAACUUCAACGCCAUUCAAAAAACCCUCUGAUAUAUUGUCUCCCGAAUUUCGCAAACCAAAAAGAGAAGAUGAAGGCAGCAGACCCACCCGUGAAAUUAGCAGUGUUAUGAUGACUACUUCAGGAUUUCUCUCACCUGCAAGGGAAGGUAAACUUCCUGAAGCCAAAGCUCCUAUUCCUCCUCCAGUCAUAGAACCUCCCGUCCCGUCACUCGUUCCCACCGUACAGAAUGGUGGUGAUCCAAAUCCUAAAAAGAAAGCCGAGAAACGGAAAGAAAAAUUCAACAAAGAGCUGUUUAAGUCUAUACCUGAAGAAAGAGUAUCUAAGAAGAAUCCUACGAUGAAGGAUGUGGUGAAAAUGAAGCAGAAAAAUGCGGCAGCGGCUGCUGCUGCUGCCGCCGCCGCUUCUAAUACGCCUCUUUCUGUUACCUCACCCAAUCAGCCGCUGCCAUUACCAUCUCGACUGAAUGAUCUGAAAAUGAGUUCAAUUUCUCCACAAAAAAUGAUGAGAGACAACUUAGAUAAAGCUCUUGCAGCAGCAAAAGCUAAAACCGAAAAACUCAAUACAACUAUUACUCCAAUCCCUGUUAAAGCUCAUUCCCAAGCUCCUCAGAUGACUAUUCAACAAGUGCAGCAAGUGGAGAAGCUUUUCAAUGAGCCAGACAGGAAAAAAAUCAAUAUAUUGAGAAAGAUAUCGAAUGUAAAAGAAGGUAAAACAAAAAAAGAUUCAAGAGCUAGUACUCCCAAUUUAAUAAUUGACGAACCCUCCGAUAUUGUAAAUAAAAUAAGUCUUUCAAAUGAUAUAACUAUUGAACCUAUACCAAGGACUAGGACUCCAGAAAACCACUACUUUGACAAUGGUUCUCCUCCUGGCACUCCUCCCACUCCUAGAACACCGGAAAUUUUAACACAUAACACACCGGUUACAGCGUCAAAGGAAAAACGUAAGAGAAAGGAUAAUCGCAACAAGACGGGUCGAGUGAAGAAACUUCCUAGAAAAAAUCCUCACAUACCAUUUUUCACGGAAUCGGAAUUGGUUGAUAUGAUUAUGGAACGUCCAAAAACUCCUGACGUUCAUCAUUUGAGUCAUCUCAGGCAGCAACUUCCUGCUCAUAUGAACUUGCCUUCGAUGCAUAACCCCCAUCUACCUUUUCCGUUUUUGGCAAAUUUUGGUGGGCCAGGUUUGAUACCUCCUCCACUAACUACACCGAUGUUUCCCUUUGCACAUCUAGGCAACAUACCCAAUUUUGGAAAAAAUCCUUAUUUUCCCUCAGUUGUUCCUAAUUUACCACCCCAGAUUGAUCCCAUGCCUCUUGUAUCUCCAAAGGUGAAAGAACCUCCACCGCAGACCCCACCUCCUCCUGUGGAAAUCAAACCUGUGGAAAUACUUCCCCAGCGAGUUCAGCCACCUCCUCCACUGCAACCCAUUCAAGUUCCUGAGACCAGUUCGAGUACAGCUCCGAUUCCUAAAAGCACGUUGGCACAAGAUUUGUGCUUGAGUCCAAGUCCUAAGAAGGUUAAGGAGCACAAGAAAGAAAAGAAGGAUAAGAUUAAGAAGAAAAACAAGAAAGAUAAGGUCAAAGAAAAGUCUGAGAAGAAAAAAAUUAAGGAAUUGAAGAAGGAUUCUAAGGUAAAACGAGAGAAGAAGAUUAAGAAGAAGGAAAAAGAUAUUAAAGAACCUACCUCGGUUCCAGCAGAUAAUCCCACUAAUCCUGUUAUUCCCAAAAUGCUGCUCAAGGUCAACUCGCCUUCGCCUCGUCCGGAAACUCCAGAGGCUACCCGUAAACUCAACAUCAAACCAAUUGUCAAAAAGGAUGAAGAACAUGUAGUAGAGGACAAAAGAAGAGAUCCAUCUCCUGGUGGCUUGGCUAGAAUUUCAGCCCUGGUUACUGGCCCUCCUAAGCCCAAAUCGACUUCAUCACCUUUACCUCCUCCUAUAGAAAAACCUGUUCCCGAAGAAAUUCCGGCUGUGGUACCUCCUAAACCCAUUAGUCGGCCUCGUUCAACCCCUUCGAAGCCUAAACCUCCUCCCAAGCCUAAGAAGGUUUGUAUUUCUUUCUACUGUUCAAUAUUCUCAAUUACCUUUGGCACAUAAUGAAAGCCAUGAAGAUUUUUUUAAGUCAUGUCACUAAACAUAGUUGAUUUAUUAAUUUUUGGUUCGUUUCU